GUCUUGAUGCGGGUGAUCUGCCUCGGUGUCUAUUGAAUCAGCCACAGUAUGGCAAGCAGACGACUCCGCUGAUCACACCAACAGAGAGCGCGUGAUGCUAUGGGAUGCACGCGAUCGUAGCUGCAUCCCUCCUGCUCACUGACAGCCGGUCGUCUGCUCGUGCGACAGGGGAUACAUCUUAUUGUUAUCAGCGUCUCGCGCUUCACACUUCAAUUGGAAUCUAUACACUAUCGUAUCGUCAUCGGACAAGUAGUCCAAGUGAUUCUGAAGGAUCUAGAUGAAUACAAUUUUGUCGGUAUUGUGUUGGGUACAUGCCCCGAUGGUUUUGCUGUGUCCAAUACACACGGUUACUGCAGAUGCUGAACAAAAAAUCCAUUCUUACAAUACACAGGUAGCUCGCGACUCAUGCAUUCCGCCACUUUAUGAAUGAAGACGCUGGCUCACCCGACAGGAAUCAUUGCAGAUCUAUGGUUAUCAUAUAUGGCUUCGGAACACUUUGUAAUAGUUGAAGUGUUGGAUUGAAUUGUUCUCGGAUUUUUCUUCACUGGGAGCUUUUCUUUGUCGUCCGUUUAUUACCGUUCAAUGGUAAAUAAAUAUUUCAUUUAGUGCUUCGGUAAGGCAUCGGAAUUUAGCGACAGUAAGAUAAGUGAGCGACCGGGAAAACAGUGCAUAUCUCCACUGUGUCAUAAAACUUAUAUAAUCCCUCUCCUGCCCAUCAACGUGGGGCUUUGACAGGGACCGCGCGGAAACAUACCUGCUGGGGAGACCUCCCCCAUACACCUGUCCGACCAUCUCUACCGGCACGUGCUACAACGUUACUCAAAUUGUGCUAAUCACGUCCGGGUCAACAAAUUACCAUUUGGAGUGGGAUUUUUAAAUAUUGUAAUAUUAUUCACCUGUACGAUUUUACCUGUGGUGUUAAUUUGUUUAUUUUUCUUGAGGAUCUCUUCCGGUGUGAUGAUCGUCCCUCGUGCAGGGGCCGUGACAACAUCGCGCUCCAGAUACCGGAGUCCAGUCGUCAGCGGUCACCGAGCUGGUCACCAUUUCCUAGAAGAAUGUGUGUUGUAGGGUGCUUUUCGCCAGACAAACUCUUGUACUGUGAAAAGGCAUGGGACCAUUUAGGUACGAUAACAUCGCGCAUAUCUUGGUGCUUCUCUUGGGAUUAACAAUAUACGGUGUAAGUUUAGACCUCAAAUCAAGACAUGUACUGGAUCUUUUACAAUUCCUCAAUACGACCGCCAACAGCGGACGGUUCACGGUCGUGGCAGGCCAGAGUGACAACACUUCAGCUGUUCUACUGGAAGAUCCAAGUCGGAACUUAGCUUUACCAAAUACUGUGUUGAGAGAGGCUUUUCAUAUUUUACGUGAGAAUAGUGAAGUAACUUUUUUAGCAACUGUGAAACAGGAGGUUGGAGAUGCGGGGAGUAUCAUAGCAUUUUCUUCAGACAUUGUAAGAUUUUUAGAGAUAGAGAGCAGUGGACGGAGGGAUGAAAUCCGUUUCCAUUACACUCAUGACCAACAAACACUCGUUGAAACAUUCCCAUACCGACUUGCCGACAACCAGUGGCAUAAACUUGCACUUUCUUUGUCGGGGACUCAUGUCAAAUUAUUUGUGGACUGCAAUAGAAUAUACGAAAGAGUGAUAAAAACUGUGGACAGGAGAUCUACGGCAGGGACGUUAAAACUUUAUGUUGGCCAAAGGAAUGGUCAACAUGCACUGUUUAGGGGGGCUUUGCAAGAUGUAAAAAUAGUAACACAGGCACACGGUUAUCUGUUACAAUGUCCACAACAAGAUACUGCUUGUCCUACAUGUGCACAGUAUCAAGCGCUUGAACAGCAAGUCAAAAAUAUGUAUUCCUUGUACCAAAAUCUAUCCCUGAAGCUUCUGCGGGCAGAAGAGAAAAUCUUUGGUUUGGAACAGUGUGAGUGCCUAAAGAGUUGUUCACAGAAUGGAACUUUGCGGAAGGAGGGAGAGGUGUGGCAGCUAGACCAAUGCACGAUGUGUCGGUGUGCGAACGGCACUGUCGAAUGUCAGAAGGUGGAUUGUCCGCCCGUCCAAUGUGAGAAUCCAGUAUAUCGAGACGGAGAGUGCUGCCCUGUCUGUCUCACAAACUGUUUCUACAGCGGGAAAUAUUACGAUCAUGGUCAGUCCAUCACCCCGCGUAUGUGUGUAACGUGUACGUGCGAUGAUGGACGAAUGGCAUGUACCAAAGUGGACCCUGAACAAAACUGCGAAGUUUUAGAUUGUCCUGUAGAAAAACAAUUGCAUAUCAAAGAUGAAUGCUGCCCUGUGUGUGAAGGUACCGACUUCUGCUCCAAGGGCCACGAAUGCCAUGCAAAUGCGGUGUGCGUCAAUAUGGCUACCCGUUACGGCUGUCAGUGUAAAAUUGGUUUCACGGGUGAUGGUACCCAUUGUGAAGAUAUUGAUGAAUGUCAAGUCAAAGGUGGAAAGACUGGUCACCAUUGUAAUGGGAACACAAAAUGCGUCAAUACCAUUGGAUCCUACACGUGUAGAUGCCCAUCAGGCGAAGCUCCGUCAGAUCCUUACAAGUGUGAAGAACGGAAUGAGUGCCUAUCUGGCGUGCAUUCUUGUGACAUGAACGCAGACUGUUUGGACACACGCGGGAGUUACACCUGUCAUUGUCGUCAUGGAUACACGGGAGACGGAUAUACGUGUAGUCCUGUCUGUGACGGUAGUUGCCUCAACGGUGGUGUUUGUAUAGCUCCUAGUGUCUGUGAGUGUCGUCACGGAUAUAUCGGCAUGAACUGUGAGCUUGAUAUAGACGAAUGUGCCAUCGAGAUAGCAUCAUGUCACAAGAACAGUAUCUGCGUGGACACUCCAGGCUGGUACCAGUGUGACUGUGUUGAGGGAUUCCACAGCAGCUGGCCUGACAACCGAUAUGGUAGCCUCUGUAUGGACAUCAAUGAAUGCGCGGGUGAGGGUCACGGUCAUACCUGCCACCCAAGUACCAAAUGUCACAAUCUCGAGGGAAGCUACGAGUGUCACUGUCAACCUGGAAUGCCGUGUAUCAAACAAUGUCACGACAAAGACAGUUACCAUGAUGAUAACAGUGUUUGGACGCCAUCUGAUGACAAGUGCAUGGAAUGUUCGUGCAAGUCUGGAGUGACGACAUGCCACAAGCGUGAGUGUGACUGUUCUAACCCUAACACCGACUACGAUUGUUGCCUUCACUGUGACAAGACCUCGCAAUGUAUGCAUCAGGAGGUGCCUCUCAUGUUCGACAAUGGCGAGAGAUGGAUUUACCAAUGUCAGACCUGCGAGUGUCUCGAGGGCGAGAUUGAUUGCUGGCCCCUUCAAUGUCCAAAAAUCACGUGCCAUACAACAGUUCUAGAGCCGGGAGAUUGUUGUCCACGUUGUGUAGAGGAUAACCCAUGUGUCAGUCAGGCAUACGUCACAGGAGGGGCAGACAACUCUGCUACUACAUGCCUGUACAAGGGGCAUGCGUACACCCAUGGGGAUACCUGGGUACUCGGAUCAAAGCCAUGUAGCACGUGUGAAUGUAGGGUCGGUCAUAUUUGUUGUCUGUACAACGAUCAUAAUUGUACGUCGAUACUGGACUGAAAAGAGAAGAGAGUCACC